AUGGAGCUGCUUGUGAUUGAUUGCGAGACAAGGGCGCUGAGGCGACUUCCGCUACGUGCUGAGUAUCUUACGCUAAGUUAUGUGUGGGGGGCGACCGCUCGACACGAUGUCGCCGCAGGUUCUCAUCCGGGAAAACUCGAAAAAGGAAUAAUUCCAUGGAACGUGCCGUCGACGAUCAACGACAGCAUUGUGGUGUGUCGAAAGCUGGGCUACAGAUACCUGUGGGUAGACAGGUACUGCAUACCACAAGACGACCCUGAAGAGCGGCGCAGGCAGAUACAGCGGAUGGAUGUCAUAUUCCAGAACUCAACGCUGACGAUUGUAGCUUGCGCAGGAAUAGAUCCCCAGUAUGGCCUUCCGGGAGUGUCCAAGUCGCGAGAGCAGUCCCCCAGCAUCUCCUUACAAGGCGCCGGCUAUCUGCAGAGGACGCCAAAGAUAGAAGAGAUCAAGAAAAGCGUCUGGGCAGGCCGGGGCUGGACCUAUCAGGAGACCAUAUUGUCGCAGAUGCGGCUGUACUUCACAGACCGACAACUCUACUUCGAGAGCGAGAACGCAGUGGAUUGUGAGUGGAUCACGCUGGCUGGCGCAAACACAAUACGCAUCCCUGGAUGGGAGUUCUCCAAAAAUAGACAAAUGGCAAAACCUGGGUACAUCUAUCUCGCCAUCUCGGAAUUUUCAGAACGCUCCCUGUCCUUCCAGAGCGACAGUUUGAAUGCAAUGUCGGGGAUCUUCGCAGCAUUCGAGCGCAAG